GCUUUUGGCGGAAUCAUUCUUUUCAAUACUAAUCUCAGAACUCUACAACCAGAAACAAACUGCUAGAAGACGAACUUCACAUUUCUUGAAAAUUAAUACGCACAUUGAUAUACUCCGGCUACGCCGCUACGCCACUUUUACAUCGAAAGGAAAAAGAAGAAAGAAUUUGGCUUCUUUGAGGUUUUGGGUGUAUUCCACCAAGAUGGUGAAUUUGUAUUCUAGUCUAUCAUCAAUGGAUUUGAAAAGGAUUGCAUUUUCAGAUCAGGUGUUGUCAUCUCAGAGGAGGAAGAUAGUUUCGCCGUGUAGCUUCGGCAUCGCGCUGUUCUUCAUCUUCUUGAGCGUAUUGCUGUUUUGUGUUACAUCCAAAGGCCCUUUUCUUCAAGGGCUGUACAAUCUUGGCUCACGCGGUAAUAAUACUUCUUUUGUUUCUUGGACUAAUAGUUCUAGUUCAAGUGCUACUCCCAAUUUGCAAUUUCCUUUGAAUGAAACCCUUGAUGCAAAUGUCACUGUGAAAUCUGGAAAGGGGGUGAAGGGUUUUGAGAGUGCCCCCGCGGGAGAUCAGUCGGUGAAGUUUGAAGAUGUGAGCUUUAUUGUUGAGGGAAGUGUUGGUGCGAGAAACAGGUCACAGCCUGUUGGGGGUGCAAUCUUGGUGGAUGAUACUGGGGGAAGAAGGGAAUCUGGGGAUUCCACUGCUAAGUCUGUUGGGGAUGAACAGAGCUCGUGUGGCCCGGGGAUUGAAUCUUUGGAAGGCGGCCGUGUUGGUAAUUGUUCGAGUGAGGGCAGUAAUGGAGGUUUAGGUUUAGGGGAUGAAGGAGUGACUGCACCUGCAUCUGCUGGAAGUGACGGAUCCUACAAGAACUGUGACAUCUUCAAUGGUAGAUGGGUGAGGGAUGAUGCAGAGCCAUAUUAUCCUCCUGGUUCCUGUCCUUAUAUCGAUAGGGACUUCGAUUGUCACCUGAAUGGGAGACCUGAUAGUGAGUAUAUUAAGUGGAGAUGGCAGCCAUAUGACUGUAGCAUACCCAGGUUCAAUGUGAUUGAUUUUCUCGAGAGACUUAGAGGGAAGAAGCUAGUAUUUGUUGGCGAUUCUUUGAAUAGGAACAUGUGGGAAUCUCUUGUUUGCAUUCUCCGCCAUGGAGCUGCAGACAAAAGCCGAGUCUAUGAGAUAUCUGGGAAGCACGAAUUCAAAAAGAAAGGAUUUUAUGCUUUCCUAUUUGAGGACUACAACUGCUCCGUAGACUUUGUUAGUUCUCCUUUCCUUGUAAAAGAAUCAUCCUUCAACGGAAAGAAUGGCUCUGUUGAGACAUUGAGACUGGAUUUGAUGGAUGCUACAACUUCAAUGUAUCAUGAUGCAGACGUACUCAUUUUCAAUACCGGCCACUGGUGGACUCAUGAGAAAACUUCCCGUGGAGAAGGCUAUUACCAGGAAGGUGAUUAUGUGCACCCGAGACUUAAAGUUUUGGAAGCAUUCAAGAGGGCGCUCACCACUUGGGCCAGAUGGGUCGAUAAGAACAUUGAUAGUAACAAAACUGAAGUUGUUUUCAGAGGAUAUUCGGUCACACAUUUUAGGGGUGGGCCGUGGAACGCGGGAGGUCAGUGCAGCACCGAAACGGAGCCAAUAAUGAAGGAUGCUUAUUUAGCGAAGUACCCUGCGAAAAUGAGAAUUCUAGAACACGUGCUGAAGGAGAGGAAAACACCGGUGGCGUAUCUGAACAUAAGCCGGCUGACGGAUUAUAGAAAGGAUGGGCACCCGUCAGUGUACAGGCCGGAAUCACAGAACGAAGUCCACGCGCAAGACUGCAGCCACUGGUGCUUGCCCGGAGUGCCGGAUACAUGGAACGAGCUGCUUUAUGUCUCACUCUUGAAGAGUGGAAAGGGAUGUUGGAGUGGUUCCCUUUAGAUUUGUUCAAUAUAUUUUUUGUUUGUUGUGGUGCCAAAUGUAUAAAAGUAGUAUAAUGUUUGAUGCAACACACCAUUGUUAAUCAAUUAAGUGCUUAUUAAGUUUUGAA